UCAACAGUCGGAAUAAUUAUUUCCUCAGUUGCCUAUUUCUCAUUUUAACGUUAAUUAUCUAUCGAUUUGUUUUAACAAGUUUUAACACAGUAUAGUAACUACAUUAUGAAAACAUCUGUGGUAACUUUUCAUUGCCAAAGCAAAUUUUCUUGCUAGGCAAUGCUAAUAUAUUUAUAGCGUUGCUAGUGAGGUUUUGGACUUCAGAAAUAAAUCUCUGGCAUCAUCAUAAUUCCACAAAGACGACGGGAUUUGGGCCAAGUGAUGAAGCUGAGCUGUCAUCAUGAAAAUCUUGAGGUGAGGCCCGUCUUCAUGGCUACAAUCGCAUUCAUGUCAUGGAACGACACUAUGGACCUGCUCAAAAGUAUGGAUCAGCAGCAAAUUCUUGCGUUCUUUGUGGAUUUCAUGGCCAACUUUCCAUUCUACAUCUUGGAGUCCGGAAGUCACAACUUGCUGUUGCUCAACCGACAAAGCGUGAAAAAGCUGGACGAUGAGGUCAACUUCUUGAACCAGUAUGUCGUUCCCCAAAUCAGUCGAACAGCCUCGCACUCGGCGAACUACACAGAGAUAGUGUUCGCGUGGGAUACAGAUGUGGUGUCUCAGUACAAACUAGUCACAAUUGGGAACUACUUCGGAGUUGUGAGACUAGUCGCUACUGUGUUCCUCGCAGCCGAAAGACUCUACGCAUUCAGUUGCAAUUUCAAAGCGAUCAUGUCAAAUAAUUGA